ACUUCCUGUACUAGUGCAGAAAGUUCAGUUAUAAAGAACAACCUAUACAUUACAUGGAUGUCAUAUGAAUGUUGUCAUAUGAAUAUAUUACAAAUAAUCAUCGCAUAUUCCAUAUGAUUUACAAAAUAUUCGUAUGAUUUAUUGCGUUAGGGUAAUUAUAUUUUUAAAAUAUUUUCAAAAUCUAAGACAUGGUAUCGAAUCAAACACUUUUGAAAAUAGCAAGUUUAGGAGGAUUUAUAACGGCAAGUACAGGUUACGCUUUUCAUUUUCGUAUACAAUAUGAUAUUAAAGAAACUGAAACUUAUAAGUAUGUUGUAAAUACUUUACGUACGCAUAAAAAAGCUAUACCGUAUCUUGGAGAACCUAUAACAAUGGGUCGUAUCACUUAUGGUGAUGGAAAUCGAACACUUGAACAUGAAGUUACAAAAGUUGUACAAAAUUAUAAAUGGUUCAAGAUUCCACUUACAGGUACUAGAACUAAGGGAAAAUUAUAUUAUGAGGUAAUAUUGAAUCAUGAAAACAAACCUGAAGUGUCUAAAAUUGAAAUUACAUUUGAUAAUAUACCUGGAAAGACAUUUGUAAUAAAAUAAUAUGAAAUAAAUUGAAAUGUUAAAUUUGCAUUUA